UUACCUAUAGAAGGUGACAUUUUUCAUUUGAUGCCAUCAAAGUCAAAACUUGGAAAAGCUUCAAUCUUCCAACCCUUCAUAUAUGCCAUGACCUAAUCCAAACUUUUCAAAGACAUGAUCAUUUCAUUCAUUAAAUACACUUCCAUAGCCAAAAGUAACAAAACUUGAUACCCCAUUUUUCAUUUGAGAUCACAUUCAUUCAUAUACUUGUACCAACUAUGGGAGAUAAUCAGAGAAUCCACCCUCUUCAUCAUGAUGUUGAAUCACCACCAUCGCCGCCACCGCCACAACCAUCGGCACCUUUGGUGCCAAGGAACAUGUCCAGAUCGGAUAAAGGCGAUCCGGAGUUGUCAAAUCAACAACCACCGCCGCCUCCGCUUCCUCCUGCUCGCAACAGAAGAUCAAGAAGAGGUUGCUGCUGCAAAUUCCUCUGUUGGUUUAUAAGCAUAUUGCUUAUCCUGGUGGUGGCGAUCGGCGCAACGGUGGGUAUACUCUAUCUUGUGUUCAGACCGAAGCUUCCGAAAUACUCCAUCAACGAAAUUGGGGUGACAAGAUUCGAUCUUUCAAACAACGAUAGCUUAAGUGUCACAUUCAACUUGACAAUAACAGCUCGGAAUCCAAACAAGAGAAUUGGAAUCGAUUACAGAGGUGGAAGCCACAUUAGUGCUUAUUACAAUGGCACAAAACUAUGUGAUGGAUCGUUACCAAAAUUCUACCAAGGUCACCAUAACACUACAGUUCUUAACAUUCCUCUUUCAGGGGAAGCAGAAAAUGCAACAGCUUUGGAAAAUUCGUUGACGCAACAACUGCAGCAAAGUGGAAGUGUUCCUCUUCGGUUGAAGGCGAAGCAACCGGUGAGGAUUAAGUUUGGGAAGUUGAAGAUAUUCAAGAUCACUUUCAGGGUUAGGUGCUGGAUUGUUGUGGAUAAUCUUAAUGCUAAUAACUCCAUUAGAAUCAAGAGCAGUAGCUGCAAGUUCAGGCUCAAGUUAUAGAUCAUGAUUUUUUGGUGCUUAUUAGAACUAUCGUUCAUUAUAAUUACUAUUAGUACAAUAUAUAUCAUAUAUAUUGCUAUGUAUUACUAUAUACUAUUUUUUUUUUCAUUUUUUUAUAUGGUCUCGGAUUGAGAUUAUUAUUUUAUUUUUUAUUUUUAUUAUACAGAUGAAGAUUUACAUUUUAGGAUUUUUCUUAGUUCUGUACUCUUGAUUCUGUAUUUUUCUGCCACUACUCAUUCCCAUAUU